UUCUAAAAAAAUUUAAUAGUUUUUUAACAUCUAUUCGUAAACUGUACUAUGUUUUUUUUAAAUGUUUCCAUCUUCAUAAUCAUGCACUUUAUUUCAUUUCACCAGUGGUUGCAAAUGUGUACAUUACAGUACAUCUCAGGUGUGUUUGCAACAACAUUUAGCAUUACCUUCUGAUUAAAUAACAGCUGCUAGUAAAGAAUCUAUUCUAUGUUUUCAUUUGAGCAGCUAUUAAAUGUCAUAUGUUUUACAUAUAUUAAUGAAUUUUUAUACGAUUUCUGAAAUAUGAAAUUGUUUGUCUUAUGGUUGCUAAACAGCUGUACUAUAUCUGGCUGUUGUGCUAUGGAAUUAUUUUUGAAUUUUGAGUGUUAACAAUUUAUUAUCUAUUUAUGAAUUAUAAAAUGUUAUGUAAAAUAAUUAUUUCUUAAAAUGAAUGUAGUUUAUAUUAUCUGUAUUUCUAAAUUUCUUAUAUAUAUAUUUCAGGUUUGUUUGCAAGAACAAGCUUCAACUUCAUCUUGUGAUAAAAUGCCAUCUAUUUGUGAAGGAUCUCAUGUUUGUUUGCAAGAACAGCCUUUAGCCUCAUUUUGCAAUGAAAUACCAUCUAUUUGUGAAGGCUCUGAUGAUGUUCUUUUAAGGAAUUUUAUAAAACAGCAGACUGAAUUGAUCUCGCUUCUGCAAUGCCAGAACAAAAUAUUACUGAAAGAACUUACAACAGCAACCAAAAAAAAAUGA